AAAGACUCGGGCCAAUGGGGGGACUGUUUGAAUGUCGGCGACGGUUGCCGCUGCAUCCAGUGGCGCGGCGAUUGAUUCAAGAUUCAUCGUCGUGGAGCCCACCGUUGUAAACAUGUCACUGAGGAAGUCUAUCGGCAAUCCCGAGUUUCUGAAUAAAAGAGUUGUACCAAAUCCGAAAUACAGAUAUGUCCGAGCACGGAUUGAUACCGGAUAUAGCCUUUCAAAGUACAUGGAAAAAAUUGAAGAGUUAAGAAAAAAUUAUAGAUAUAAAAGAGAUGAAUUAUUCAAAAGAUUGAAAGUCACAACAUUUGCCCAAUUGGUGCUACAGGUGGCUUGCGUGAAUGAACAGGAUAAUGGGAUGUUUGAAGAACUGCACCGGGAGGAAGUGUUGUUCCCUUCAGAUUUGAAUUCUGUGGUCUCUGCAGCUGAGCCUGGGCUGAAUACAAUAAAGUCCUCUAAUGAACAAAGUACAGUGGAGAUUCUACGGAAAUGUCCAGCUGAUAUAAUAAGUAAUGAUGGGUCUGGUGAAAAACCAUUUACGGCUCGUUCCACCCUCCAAAGUGUUAUAAGUGGCGUUGGGGAAAUAGAGCUGGAGAGAAAACAAAAAGAGAUUCGCUCUAAGCCCUCUGAAUGUCCUGAAAAAACAGAUAGACCUUAUCCUGACUGCCCUUUCCUACUAUUGGAUGUACGAGAUCGUGAUGCUUAUGAUCAUUGUCAUGUUAUUGGAGCCUACAAUUUUCCUAUAGCGACGUUAUCUAGGACUAUGAAUCCUCACUCAAAGGAGAUUCUGGAAUAUAAAAAUGCACCUGGGAAAAUCAUUCUUCUUUAUGAUGAAGACGAGCGAAUAGCUAGCCUGGCUGCUACAACGUUGUGUGAGAGAGGUUUUGAGAAUCUCUUCAUGCUGUCAGGAGGUCUGAAAGUAGUUGCACAAAUGUUCCCAGAAGGACUAACCACUGGUUCAAUUCCACCAUCGUGCCAACCUCCAGUUAUCCCAAUGCCUCAUCAGAGGCGAUCAACUGCUCAAGAACCACCAUACCCUGCAGAAGAUAAGUUCCGCUUCACUGAAGCUAAUUUAAACAAGAUCCGGCAUUACCUGGAUGAGAUUCUAAUACCAUCCAAUGUAUCCAGCAACUUCAGCCGCCAUUUCAUCUUCAAGAACACAGCUGAAGACAUCUGGCAGCUAUGCCUCUUCUGUUGCUGGUUCCAUUAGUGCUCGAUCGCGGGCAAACAGUAUACAAAAUAAGCCAUGGAAAUAAGAUGCAGAAUAUAAUUUAUUCAAUUGUUUUAAAUCUGAUUCUU